AAAGGCGAAGUAUAAAAGCUGCCAGCCACUGUCCGGUAGCAUGUCAAACGGUGUGUUCACUUCGAAGUGUUAUCAACCGUUAUCCGAAGCGAAGAAAAGGGAUCCCACCACUGUUUCUACUCGAGUACCGGGAGCUAGUAUCGCUCCAGCGUAUAGACGACUUCUGCCUAAGCGUGCCAGGAUCUUCGUGUCAAUAACAGCAACCGCAACCAAUCAAUCGACAAGAUGAAUAAGCUACUUACCGGUGGACUACUGUUUCUGCUCGUGUCCGGUUCGUUCGUGUCCGGAUCGCUGUUCGGUCCGUUCGGACCGUUCGGUGGUGCCGGUCAGUUUCCGGGAGCGUUUCCACCGGGCUUCGGUGGUGGCGUCGGAGGUUAUCCGGGUGUUGGUGGACUGCCAAUGUUCCCAGGCCGUCCAGGUCCCGCACAGCUUCCGAUGUUCCCGCCCGGCCUGUUCCCGGCGGUCCCGUACCUACCGGCCGCCGUUCCAGCUCCACCGACACCGGUAGCCUUCGGACGUAUGGCUGUAGCACCGGCACCGUUGGCUCCAGCUGCCGCUACCGGAAAUCUUCGCGACGUCGCUACCAACGCUGAUGUGCUUGGCCGGCUGGCGGUUGCUGAUCUGCCGGAGGACUUGCAGCAGCGCGCCAAGGAUCUGCAGACGGUCAGCGAGCAGGGUUUUGAUGCCUGCGAACAGCUGCUGGCUACACCCGGCGCCUACUGGCAGUACAAGCGCUGCAAUGCGCUGCAACUACGCACCGUCCUGACCGCGGCCAAGGCACUGGAACAGGAGGCUACCGCUCGUGCCACUGCUGCUGCUGCUGCUGCUGCUGCGGCUGAAGAAUCUCAGACGGCCGUAUCCGGCCCGGCCACCGCCUAAUUGCAACCACUUGAGGAACGAUGGAUUGGACGGAUCACCUCACGGCAACGGCUGGCAACAGUGACCGUGGGAAGACGAAGACGACGACGAUGAUGACGACCACAGGCACAACAGCGAAAACCCAUUUAGAGCCAAAAUCUGUUACAAACCGGCCUGUCCGUGGACGGCCGGGAAACAGGGGGGGCAGCAGAUAAAAUAUUACCGAAAUCAUUAAACCUUGGUGUGCAUAAUUUAUUAACUGGUGUGCGUGCGUGCGUGCUUUGUGUGCUACCGCAAAUGUUUUUGAUGCUGUGAAAUAAAGCGUACAGUUCUGCUGAAGCCCCCAAGAA